AUGGAAUCUCAUCGUCUGCGCACUCGCGGUACCAGCGUUGCCGGGCGAUGCUUCAACACAGACACACGCAUGCAGGAGCUCUACAUGCGAGGCUUUGGCGGAAGAUGCUGGCGUAGAGAUGCUCCAGCAUUCGGCAUCACGAGCAUACCGCGUUGCAGCACAGGUGCCCGCCAUGAGUAUGGGCAGUGUGACAGUGCAUGGCUGCCGCCCCAGCCUGGCGACCUGGCGUAUCUGGAAGGCCGCAAGUCGGUGACCUGCAAAUUGCAGACUGCAAGCUUCGCUUGCAUUAACUGGGACAAGGUUGCUCAGUUUUGGCUUCCCAUUGGCGAGAAUACCCGUGGCUGGUCAAGUCUUAUGUUCCUUGCGGCGGUACUCCUCCUCGGUGGCAGGUAUGCUCAGACCACCACCGAAGCCGACAAGCUUGAAGAGAUUUCGCUUUGCCAGGUCAACUUUUGGUGCAGAGAUCUCCCCCCACAUCGAUCGAUCUACUUGGCCAUGGCUGGCGCACUGCUUUGGCUGGGGGCGAUGCUGGACCAUCCGACCUUCGACGAGGCAGAGGAGACUCCGGUUAGGCCGUAUGCUCUUCCUUGGCUAGCCAUCUUCACUCCAGCAGCUGCUUGCAUCUUGGUCAUGGCCACUUCCAGCCCGCAAGCGAGACAAAAGUCAGUCUGGCACCUGGCAGCCAGUGUUCUCCUGUUGCCUGCUGUACUCGCCUUCAUCUUUCGUGAGCGGGAGCACACCAUGGGAGCGAACCAUGGCACCGCUAUUUAA